GUUGUGUGAUUAACUUAAAAAUGUAUUUAGGUUUUUUAUUUAUUUACUUCAUUGCAUUGAGUCAUGGGGCAACAAUUGAAGACGACAACUACAGUGUCUACCAAGGGUACAAAAUAAUUGAAGUUACACCAGAAAGCAAUAAGCAGAGUAAAAUUCUUGAACAAUUCCACGAACAGCAACAUAAAGUUCCUUCGGUGAUUUUUCUCAGUUCGACAAAAUUGCUAAAUUCUCCAAUUCUUAUGCUUGUUCCACCCGAGUCGGAAAUAGAACUUCAAUCUGUCUUAAAAAGUGUUAAGCUACCAUUUAGGAUUAUCGAUGACGAUGUUGUAACAUCACUUCGUGAAGAACGGUCUGAAAAUUCAAGGCGUAGAACUCCAUCUCGUAUGGAUUUCGAGUCAUAUCACCGAUUUGAUGAUAUCACAGAAUAUUUAGAUGAUCUAUCGAAAAAAUACCCUCAACACACAGCUCUAGUUCCAGUUGGUAAAUCCUAUGAAGGACGUCAGAUGAAUGCCAUAAGAAUUACAGACAACAGUGAAAGCCGAUCUACAUCUGAUAGAAAAGUAAUUUUUAUAGACGCUGGAAUUCACGCCAGAGAAUGGAUUGCACCAGCCACAGCUUUAUAUGUGAUUCAUCAACUAGUUGAGAAUUUUGAUAGCAAUAGAGAUUUAGUAAAAGACUACGAUUGGGUGAUUCUUCCGGUGGUCAAUCCAGAUGGAUAUGAAUACUCUCAUACGAAGGAAAGAUUUUGGCGUAAGACCCGUCAACCUAACUCAUUUGCCUGUAUCGGAACUGAUGCUAAUCGCAACUUUGAUUUCCAUUGGGGUGAAACUGGAGCAUCGAGUUAUGCCUGUGCUGAGACAUUUCGUGGACCUAAAGCAUUCUCUGAACCAGAAACUCAAGCUCUGAAACAGAUCUUAGAAUCGUUUGAGGGAAAUUGCAAAAUGUACCUUAGCUUACAUUCGUAUGGAAAUUAUUUAUUGUACCCUUGGGGAUAUGAAUCAACUCUUCCUCCAACUUGGAAAGAUCUCGAUGAAAUAUCAAUGGCUGGAGCAAAUGCUAUAAGAAGUGCUACAGGAACAAAUUAUACUGUUGGAAGUGCCACAAACGUUUUAUACGCUGCUGCUGGAGCGAGUGACGAUUAUGCAUUUGGUGCUGUUAAGAUACCUGUGUCGAUAACUAUGGAACUCUCCGGAGCUGGUAGUGGAGGUUUUGAUCCACCAGCACGUAAGAUAAAGCCAUUUGUUGAAGAAGCAUGGAUUGGUAUCAAAGCAAUGGCAGCAAGUGUAACUAAAAAAUAUUGAUGAAA